AUGAACAGCGAACAAUUUGACAAAUUCCUUGCAUUGCAAGCUACACAACAACAACAAAUCUCGGACAUAUUACAAUUGCUGUUAACGCAACAGCAAAAGGCAGCUGCCGCGACUCCCACACCAACAACGACACACGGCACGGAGUCGCCCAGCUCUUCGAACACGAACGGUAACAGAAACAAUGUUUACAACGGCUUUAAGAGCGACAAAUUCAACCCGGAUGACACCGCAGUUGAAAAUUUUAUCGACUAUUUCGAAACCAAAUGCAAACUUUGGGGCGAGGAUGCACGUAUCAUACAGAAGGAACUGCUAUUUACCUGCCUCUCACCGGAGACCUUUCACGAAAUUAAGGUUGCCCUUACACCGCACUUUGAAAACAGUACAUAUGCGGAUAUUCGAAAUAAACUGCUCGACCUAUUUAGAAUUAAACGCACACGAUACAGAGCAUUAACGGACUUUUGGAACUGCAUACGAAAAGACAACGAAUCUAUGGAACAUUACGCUAACAGAUUGAAAGAAAUAAGUAAAGAUUGUGGCUAUAGCGAUAACUUAUUAGAACGACAGUUACGUGACCGAUUUGCAACCGGGCUUAACCACGAACAAUUACAGAUCGACCUGAAACAAAAAUGGCCGGAUCUACAAGAAAUUCAAGAUGGUACGACGAAAGAAGUCACCUUCUCUCAGAUUUUUAGCGUUGCUCAAUCGCGGGAACGAGCAGAAGGCGAUACAGACACACACGUCAAAGUCAAUAAGAUUAAAAGAAACCCCAAAUCUUACCAGAACACGUCACCGCGCAAAUUACGGACCCAUCAAUGCUUGAGAUGCGGUGAGCCCGAAAGACAUCCAUUAAACCAGUGUGCUGCCAAAGCACAUACAUGCAAACAGUGUAACACACCAGGUCACUUUGAGGAUUGCUGCAUCAAAUCAGGCAAAGCAUGCUUACCUAAUCGGAACUAUAAACAAACAACAUUUACUAAAGGAAACAAGCUGCACAAACUUAAGCAUGACGGGAGCAGCAGCCACUCGUCUCAAUCUUCCUACUCAGACGACAGCGGAGAUGAAACGGACGUUGUCUGUCAAAUAAGCAAAACUAAAAGCAAGGACAGCAAAAAAAUUGAUGUUUUCAUUAACGACAUUCCGUGCACGAUGGACUGGGACCCCGGUUCACUCUAUUCAAUUAUUAGUACACAAUUGUGGGCGCGUAUCGGAGCUCCUUCCCUCAUGAAGGCUCCCAGCUUGCGCGCAUAUGGAAAUACAAGACUCAAACCAAAGGGUCUAACAAACGUUACCGUACGCAUUCAAGACGAGGAAAAACUACUUCCUGUUGUUGUAAUGAAGUCAGCUGACCCUAUGUUGUUCGGCCUACAGUGGAGCGAAAUGUUCCAGAUGGAUUUCCCAAAGCCAGUCUAUUCCAUCAAGAAAACUCGACACGAAUCCAUUACACUAAAACAACUCUUGGACAAGCAUACAACUCUCUUCGACGGCAAACUUGGAAAAGUAAAAGAAUAUCGAGUAAACAUACAUAUCAAGCCCCAUGCUCAACCGAAACACAUCCCAGCCAGAUCAAUUAAAUUUUCAAUGAAGAAAAACAUUGAAGUUGAACUAGAUCGUUUGGUCGAAGAAGGAAUUAUAACCAAAGUAGACCCAAAUAUAACUCCGGUUCAGUGGGCAACGCCGACAGUUAACGUGGUGAAAACCAAUGGCCAGAUCAGAAUCUGUGGUGACUUCCGCAGUACACUUAACCCUGUUCUUAUAACACACGCACACCCUGUUCCUUUAUUUGACCAACUACGCCAGAGUCUAGCGGAUGGUGAGAAAUUCUCGAAAAUUGACCUAAAAGACGCGUACUUACAAUUUGAAAUUGAACCUGAAUCGAAACAAUUCCUGACAAUAUCGACACACAAAGGAUACUACGUCUACAACAGAAUGCCGUUUGGCAUUUCGACGGCGCCGUCAAUAUUCCAACAUUACCUUGACAAGCUUCUAGAGGGAUUGCCAAAUGUAGCAGUCUAUUUUGAUGACAUUGCGGUUACAGGGAAAAAUGACAAAGACCACCUUGAAACAUUACGUACCGUAUUCGAAAGACUGGAACAAGCCGGAUUGAAAGUCAAUUUAAAGAAAUGCACCUUUUUACAGCCAGAAGUCGAAUAUCUUGGACACACAAUUGACAAAAAUGGAGUACGCCCUACAAAAUCAAAGAUUGAAGCCAUCACCAAAGCCUCCCCGCCAGCUAAUGCCAAGGAGCUACGAGCAUUCCUUGGGUUGGUCAACUUCUAUGAGCGGUUUAUACCACACUUGCACAGCGUCUGUGCUGAUCUUCACGCACUAACUGGAAACAGGGUGAAAUGGCAAUGGACCGACAAGGAAGCUGAGGCUUUUGAACGUGCUAAGUUAAUGAUUGUACAUUCUAAACCACUUGUAGCUUUCAAUGACAAAUGCCCACUUUAUCUAGCCUGUGAUGCUUCAGAAAAGGGCGUCGGAGCAGUGCUUUUUCACAUGAGGAAUAAUAUUGAACAACCAAUCGCUUUCGCAUCACGAAAACUCCGACCCGCAGAGUCAAAGUAUUCUGUCAUAGACCGCGAAGCCCUAGCAAUAUUUUAUGGAAUUAGAAAAUUUGACCAAUACCUUCGCGGCACGAAAUUUACAUUAGUCACGGAUCAUAAGCCCCUAAUACACAUUUUGGGAUUCUUGGGCAUUCUUGAUAAAUAG